AAAAACAAAAGCAAGUAAAAGCCUCCAAUAAUCUCCUCACCCUUUUCUAAAAGGAGGAGACGCCACUCUAAUCCAACGCAAUUCCUUUCCCCUCCUUAUUUAAACACUCUUCAUCACCCUAUGUUCUAACUUCUAUCUUAUUGAUUAGCAAACCGAUAUCUAGCUAGUUAAGCCUCUUCAAGCUAGCUAGCUAGCUCAAAAGCCAUGAAGAAUUAUAGAAGGAAGACUACACAACUUGUUGAAAGUCUCUUCAAGCUCUUUACAAGAACCAUUUGCCUUGGGUUAUUCCUUUCAAGUCCUGUAUGGCUCCCUCUCAUCUUCUCCUUCUUCAAGGUCUUGUUCAUGACAGUUUUCGUUGCCGUCCUCUUCACAAAGUCGAAGGACUCCAUGUGUUCUUCUCCUUCUCAUGAUAUAUAUGAGGAGUAUGUUAGGAGAAACAAGAGGCUUCAGAGGCAAGUGGAGAGGGAUGAGGUUGAAGAGGGAAAAGAGUUUAAAGAGGAGGACGAGGAAGAGGGAGAUAAUGGAAUAGAUGAAUUGAAUAAGAGGGUUGAGGAGUUCAUUGCUAAGGUUAACGAGCAAAGGAGAAUAGAAGCAAGAACAGUGGCAUGUUGUGGAUGGGUAGAGGACGAGAUAUUCAGUGAAAGGAUUGUGGAGAAUGAUUUUAGUUACUAGUCCAGAGUAAGGAAUUAUAUGCUUAUCAAUCUAUAUUGGAAUGAACAAGAGAGUAUUUUUAGAAUAAACUCAAAGAUGAAUACGCUCUUUUGCUAAUUAAUUGUAAGAUCAGCUUCUUUCUGAUAUGACAUGGCUUUACACCAAAGUUGGCAACCGACUCAGAGCGAUGUGACAUAUAUAUGUAUCGAUUCAGAAAUCUAUAGUCGUCUGCUUCACUUCCAGUUCCUGUUCCUAAUUCUCUUAUAACUUACAAUA